AUGUCGCGUGAUGGUAGAAUCUUGCUAUCCGGUGGAUCUAUGACCAUGCCGCAGUACCGAGGAGGCCCAUAUCUCUAUGAGCCUGGGAGGGAAUAUAAUAGUUUAACUAGCCCAGCAAGGGUUUUGACUCGCUGCAACAGAGUCAACAGACCACUGCUGCAUGCAAUCGCCCUUCUUCUCCUCGGCCGUGUGCAUCCUCUACCCGAGCGUUUCUGUCUCCCUGGCUUCUGGCCCGAGGUGGUUGUGCCGGUGUCCGCGCCCGGUCACGCAAAAACCGACCGGGCCCAACGUUUACCAGAGUGUGCCUGCGUUCUUGACAGGGACUACAAGGCGACGGCCAAGGAGAGACGAAGGUGA